AUGGCCGGGGGUUAUUUUGACCUUCCGAUCUCCCGCCGUUCUAAGCCUGAUAUUAAACCACAAUCAGGCUUGCGUUUCUCACUGCCCGGUCAUAGACCUAACAAGUUGUCUCAACGGAUCCCGAGUGGCGGUGCACAGGACAGGCAUCGGAAUGCAGGCAUUCCCAGCACGAGUCAGUUCAAAGUGGCCCGCGAAUCCGAGAGCGAACCCACAGCGAUCGACUUCCGACUUGACCGAAGGGGUUGUGAGCUAUUGCAAAGACCUCUGCCCACGGCCAGCAUUCCAGCUAUUCAGGAAAGCAGCUCUCCAAGCUCCUCACUGGCUGGACCAAGGGUCGAUGGCCUCACUAGCGCGUCAGUGGAUGUCACUGGCCUGACGAUCAGCACCGGGACUACUAGCUCGGGGACUGUAGGGGAGCUGCAUGGGCGUAUGAAUGACAAGGGGGCUAUCUACUUCGCACAUCAAAGGGCCCAUCGACUCAUAUCCCUUUUCAGUCCUCCAAAAUCUCCGAAGACAAGUCGAUCUUUGUCUUCUAUCGCCUCCACUCCGACUGAGGCGGGUUAUGCUGAAGAUGGGGAUAAGUGCCCUAUAAUCUCUUUUCCUGAGAAACAACUCUUCGACGACUUAAUACAUGAUCAUGAAUCGGCCUUCAUAGACCGGCGAUCAACUCCGCGCAUCUCCAAAGCCCAGUAUAUUUUGCGCCAAAUGUCACCCCGAGACUUCGAUUUCCUGACUCGCCUUCGAGCUCCCUCUGUGUCUGGUCAGGAUACCCCAAGCGAAGACCGAGACUCCGAGUCCUGUGACCGGCCAACUCAAUACCGUGGAGGGGUGCUUUCAUCACUCCUCAAGCUCUACGACCAUUCGCAUAACAGCCAUGGUCACGGUCACGGCCAUGGUCGUGGCCGCUAUGAGCACACACGCUCUCGACAAGGGAGCGCGUCCGAAUGGAGUGAGCGUGGCUUGUCCCCAGACUCUGUCUGGAAGCCUCCUAAAAAGUGGUACGACAAGACUUCUGCUCGCUCGAGCAUUUCCGUGGCUGGAUCCUCUCAGCAUUCCCACUACUCUAGCUCGCCUUUUGCGAUGCUCACGCGGUCCCGCAGCAGUGGUGCUGCUAUUCCGAGUCUAGGUGGUCGUAUCAGGCCUAAAUCUCAACUUGAGGAUGAAAUCCAUAUCACAGUCCAUAUUGCUGAACUUUUAUCUCGGCAGCGAUAUCUAAUUCGUCUGUGUCGUGCCCUGAUGAAGUAUGGAGCCCCGACUCAUCGGUUGGAAGAGUACAUGCGAAUGACAGCCCGAGUCAUCCAGAUUGAUGGACAGUUCUUGUAUAUUCCUGGCUGUAUGAUCAUUUCAUUCGAUGAUGCCUCUACACACACAACCGAAGUCAAGGUUGUCCGGUCCAGUCAAGGAAUUGACUUGGGCAAGCUGGCCGAUGUCCAUGAAAUCUACAAAGAGGUCAUUCACGAUGUCAUUGGGGUCGAAGAGGCCAUCCAACGACUGGACAAGGUGAUGAAGAAUCCAAGCAAAUUUCACAUUCUCUUCCUGAUCUUCGCCCAUGGCUGUGCUAGUGCAUCGGUUGGACCAUUCGCUUUCAACGCUCGACCGAUCGAUAUCCCUGUCGCUUUUCUGCUGGGCUGUCUUCUUGGAAUACUUCAGUUGAUCCUCUCGCCUAAAUCAAGCUUAUAUUCCAACGUCUUUGAGAUCUCAGCUGCGGUACUGACCUCUUUUCUUGCCCGUGCCUUUGGAAGCAUCCGGUUCCAGGGUGAACCUCUCUUCUGCUUCUCAGCUCUGGCACAGUCAGCCAUCGCUCUCAUCUUACCAGGAUACACGGUUCUUUGUGCAAGUCUCGAGCUCCAAUCACGAAGUAUCAUUGCUGGAUCCGUCCGCAUGGUCUAUGCUAUCAUCUAUUCCCUGUUCCUCGGAUUUGGAAUCACAAUCGGCACAGCCGUAUACGGCCUACUCGACUCACAAGCCUCGACUGCAUACACAUGUCCUGCCAGUCCCAUUCAUAAUGAGUACCUUCAGCGGUUCCCAUUCGUUAUCGUGUUCACCGUCUGUUUGGCAAUUGUCAAUCGUGCCAAGUGGCGGCAAAUUCCUAUCAUGAUGGUUAUCUCUCUGGCAGGCUAUGUGGUCAAUUACUUCAGCGCUAAGCGCUUCUAUUCCAAUACUCAGGUUUCCAAUGCCCUCGGUGCCUUUGUCAUUGGCGUAAUGGGCAAUUUCUACAGUCGGCUACGACAUGGUCUCGCUGCUGCGGCCAUGUUGCCCGCCAUCUUCGUUCUUGUCCCCUCUGGUCUUGCAGCCAGUGGCUCGUUGAUAUCGGGUAUCACCUCUGCGGAGGAGAUGACCCGGUCUCCCUAUGCGGUUGUCAACAAUGGAACACAGGGAUUCGUCGAUGCAGCGAAGAGCCUAUCAUCUGAUCAGGCGAAGAAUCAAAGCUAUGGCGUCGUCUUUGAUAUCGGAUACGGUAUGGUACAGGUUGCUAUUGGCACUACUGUCGGUCUGUUCCUCGCUGCUUUAGUGGUCUAUCCACUCGGCAAAAAACGAAGUGGACUGUUCAGUUUCUAA